AUGCAUGGAGGGUUCCACCCGGAGUCCAGCACCCUGAGACUGCACGAUAAGCGAGAAGACAGGGGGCGAGGGUUAGUGAGUGUCAGAGCCACUAUCCAGGAUGAACCAAGGUGCAUCCAAGAGGACAUCAGGAACAUAGCCCCCCAGGACAAAUCGCUAAGUGAGUACCUCAGACACCAGAAGACAGAGGGUGAUGAGAAAGAAGAGGAGACAUUGUGGAAGACCAAGCGCCUCCAUGGGCUCCACCAUCAACAGAAAGAGGAAGUGACUGACAUCACAAAAUCUGACCAGUGGCAGGAAAAGACUGGUCUGAAGGACAGCAUAGAAGCUCUGAACAUGGCAGCACAGGAACAUAUUCUAAGCACCAGAUCCACAGAGGGUGGGGUCUACCAUAGUAAACAGGACCCAAGGUUUGCCAGGAGUGAGCCCUUGGCUACACUGGGGAAUUACAACUACACCAAGUACCACCCCAUGCCUGAGAUAACUGCAUGGAUGGAAAUGGUGGUGAAGGAGAACCCAGGUGUUGUAUCUGCUGAAGUCUAUGGAAGAACAUUUGAGAACAAGAACAUCACUGCCUUGAAGAUUGGGUUGAACUCAACCAGCAGUAAGAAGGUCAUCUGGAUGGACUGUGGAAUCCAUGCUAGGGAGUGGAUAGCUCCAGCUUUCUGCCAGUGGUUUGUCAAGGAGAUUCUGAGGACUUAUAAAUCCGACGAGAGGAUGCACACCAUCCUGAACAACGUGGACUUCUACAUUACACCUGUGUUAAACAUGGAUGGCUACAUGUACUCAUGGCAAAAUGAGAGUACUCGUCUUUGGAGAAAAUCACGAUCGGCACCCCCUGCUGGCUGUAACUGCAAUGGCACCGAUCUGAACCGCAACUUCAACGCUAACUGGGGCAUGAUCGGAGUCUCAAAGGACUGCUGCUCGGACAUUUACUGUGGCUCAAAGGUGCUGUCAGAGAGCGAGGCAGACGCUGUGACCUCCUUUGUGCAGAGCAUGAAGGAACGUGUGCUCUGCUUCCUCACCAUCCACUCCCACGGACAGCUCAUCCUUGUGCCCUACGGUUAUCCAGAGAUCCAGGCACCCAACUAUGAUGAGCUGAUGCAGGUCGCUCAAAAGGCCUCUGAGGCCAUUAAGUCGGUCCACGGCAUGGAGUAUACAGUGGGUACCCCACCGAUGGUCUUGUACCCGAACUCCGGCUCCUCCCGCGACUGGGCACGUCUCAUCGGGAUCCCCUUCUCCUUCACCUUCGAGCUACGUGACAAGGGCGAGUUUGGGUUCAAGCUGCCUGAGGACCAGAUCCAGCCCACAUGCGAGGAGGCCUAUGAAGGUGCCCGCUCCAUCAUCAACUACGUCCAUGACAAGAACUUCCCAGUCAAAGGCGGCAGUGUUGCUGCAGCAACCGCGGCUUUCUGGACCACGCUGCUGGCAUCCUGCCUUACCUCGGCCACCUUCCUGUAG